AUGAAUCAAAUUUUAACUGCUAAUAGAUUAGCUCAACUUUCACAAUUCCAUCCAAGUUUAAAGGACACAUGGUACCUUAUUGCUGCUGUUACAUUUAGUGUCUGUAAUGAACCUCAGGAAAUUCCACUUUUAUAUCAUUAUACUAUAAUGUUAAAGAAUGAGACAGUGGUAGCUAAUCAAAUAACAAUAAGUCAAAGAGUUAUAGCUAUGUUUAAUGAUCCUGUGGACUCGAUUAAAGCAAAGGUCAAUAAGAUGUAUUUAAACCCCAGCGAAUAUGAUUUAAAGUUAACUGCUAAAUUUCGUGAAGCUAUUUUAAGGACAGGGCCCUUGGCAGGAUUACCCAAGGCUAUUAACUCAAUGAAUAAAUUAGCAGAAUACACACCACCGUCAUUGACAAAAGAACAUGAACCCAUCAAUCCAUUUUCGAGUUCAGCUCAUGAUUUGAAUACAUAUAAGUAUAGUGUUGAAAGAUUAAAAUCUUCAUUUAACAAAGAAACAGACAUUGCAUUUACUACAGAACGGGGAUUGAAACACUGGAAUAAAAUCUAUAACAAAGUAUCUCCAAAGGUUGUAAAUAGUCUUUACUCAGCCUAUCCAGAUUUAUGGUAUUACACUCUGACUAACGUCUAUGGUCCAUUGUUUUCCUAUGAUGAUAUUAUUUCAAGUCAAGAAACAAGUCUGAUUAUAAUAGCAGCAUUGGUCCCUCAAGACGUUAACCCACAAUUAAGAGGUCAUUUGAAGGGAGCCAUAAAUUUAGGAUGUAAGCCAGAAACAAUUGAGGCUGUAAGAAACUUAGCUAUUAUGGUAGCUAAGUGGUGUGGUGUGUCUUGGAAGUCAGACGUUGUUAAACUAUGA